AUGUCCUUCUCCAUCAAAUCAGUAGACGUUGCCCUCGCACCCUCCAUCGCAAAAGCAAUGGUCUCGGCCCGCUGGGCAGAGCCCCAUUGGAAAGCCCUCUUCGAAUCCACCACCACACCCACCCAAAUAGUUUACGACCUCAGCCAACGCCUCCCCUGGAAUCUGAUCAACAACCGCACCACCAAGCGCCAUCAAGUCGCCAUAGACAACGCAACCGGUCAAGUAGUUGCUUACAUCAGAUGGAUACUACCCACGCAUCUCGCGUCUACAGAUCCAGUGGUAUGGCCAGAAGCCCAAGUUGCCGAAGCCACGCCAGAGGACCGUGCGGUGUAUGAGCAAAUGUUCAAGGCAGUUUCGGAUGAUGGCAAGGUACAAGGGAUGAGGAUGGAUUUGCUCGAAUAUCUCAAUACGCCGCUGGAGGAAAUGGAUGCGAAGAUUAAUGAAGGCGGUCCUUUUUUGUGUAAGCUCUCNCUGGAUUAUCUGACCACUGCGACAGAGUAUCAACGUCGCGGUAUAGGAGCAAUGUUGCUGAAAGCUGGUCUUGAAGUGGCUGAUGCGCAUGGACUAAGGUCGUAUGUGACUUCUUCUGCAGCGGGCGCGAAGCUCUACCAAAAUCAUGGUUACAAGACAGUCGAGACGGUAACUAUGGACUACUCCCAGUUCGGAGGCACGGAGCCUGUGAGCGAUUAUUUCAUGAUUCGAGAGCCUCGACAAUGA